AUGGGGAUGUUGUUCCUGCCGUCUAGCCUGGGGGUGGGGCAGGUUUUGUCACAGAGGCUGCUGUGGGAGGUUGGAGGAGCUGUAGGACUUAUACCAAAAUGGGACAACCACCAACACCUGUAUCAGACAAGGAACACAUCCCGAGUUAUGAAAUCACUGUUGAAAGAUGUAAUGGAUCCAUGGGACUGCGAGAUGGACAGCACAUUCUUCCAAUGUGUGAGAGAGCUGACUUGGUACCUUCUGGACCAGAAUAUGAUGACGUCUGAUGACAAAGACCUGCUCCAAGCCUGGCUGUCGGAUCUGGAAGCCACUGGGUACAGAGAACCGAAAAGGGUGAAUCUUGAAUUACAUUGUCCGAGGACAUUGACCGCUACCUCUGGGCUGAUGAGACCACCUUUGCUUUCAACAAGACUGUCUGACACCUCCAACAUAUCUGCCACGAUGACCUCUCUGUGCCCGCAACUCAAGUAUUCAUCAUCACCAACAUCAGUCAUCACAGACAUUGCUCUCAUCAUCACUUUCAACUCUGACAAAUUCUAUCACAAUCUUCCUCUUCUAGAAGCAAUUCACAGACGAUACUUUGCUUACGUCAUCUACUGCGGCCCAAGACAGGACCGAUUCAAGGCCAAGCUCAUCGAAUCCAUCGCCUCAUCGAAUAUUCUCUAUAUAGAUGGCAUUAAAGAAGGUUGGUAUCAUAUGUGGGAGUGUCUGACCUUGACCUCCAAGUUUAAUCUUGACGUUAGAGGUUACCUACAGAUCGCGGACGACACUCUCUUGAACUCGUGGAAUAUCGCGGACCUACCGCGUGACAGGAUAUGGAUGACAUCUCACGGGCAUUUAGACAGACGGGAUGCGGAGAAGGUACAAGGUGGAUGGGUUUGGUGGAAGCAUAAAUUCGGUCAGAAGGCUGUUAAUCGUGCUAUGGACACGGUGGUCAGGAUACACAACAACGAACCGGGAAAUAAUCACGUGAGCAAAUUCGUGAAAACGUAUACUAUCAACUCUGGGGAUAUGAGUCAUGUGUAUCAAAGGUCAUGUGACGUGAUGUAUAUUCCGUCCAAGAUGGCCGACCAGUUCCGGUAUUUGGCAGCCAUUUUCCGAAAGGAGAGAGUAAAUGUGGAGCUGACAUUUCCAACUCUAGCGCAUGGUCUUGCACACAAUGCUGACAUCUAUAUGAUUAAGUGGUCAAUACUCUGGGGUAAACAUCGACAAAAGUAUAUUGACUUUUAUGAUGAAUAUUUGCACUCGCUUCAUCCAUUUAAACUAUCACAAGAAGUUUACUCGACAGAGGGCCGAAAAUUUCUGUGUGGAGUCUAUAUGCCUUUGCAGGAGAAACACCUAGCGUUACGAAGUGACCAGACCAACAACAGGAAAUAA